CUCCUCCUCCUCCUCUUCCUCCUCCUCCCUCGCUCCCACAGCCAUGUCUGCUUAGACCAGAGCAGCCCCACAGCCAACUCGGGCAGCAGCCGCCGCCACAGCAGCAAGGACAGCCGCCGCCUGUGAGCGAUGACAGGAGUGUUUGACAGAAGGGUCCCCAGCAUCCGAUCCGGCGACUUCCAAGCUCCGUUCCAGACGUCCGCAGCCAUGCACCAUCCGUCUCAGGAAUCGCCAACUUUGCCCGAGUCGUCGGCCACCGAUUCCGACUACUACAGUCCCACGGGGGGAGCCCCACACGGCUACUGCUCUCCUACCUCGGCUUCCUACGGCAAAGCGCUCAACCCCUACCAGUACCAGUACCAUGGCGUGAACGGCUCCGCCGGCAGCUACCCCGCCAAAGCUUACGCCGACUACAGCUACGCCAGCCCCUACCACCAGUACGGCGGCGCUUACAACCGCGUCCCGAGCGCCACCAGCCAGCCAGAGAAAGAAGUGGCCGAGCCCGAGGUGAGGAUGGUGAAUGGCAAACCAAAGAAAGUUCGUAAACCCAGGACUAUUUAUUCCAGCUUUCAGCUGGCCGCGUUGCAAAGAAGGUUUCAGAAGACUCAGUACCUCGCCCUGCCCGAACGCGCGGAGCUGGCCGCCUCGCUGGGACUGACGCAAACGCAGGUGAAAAUCUGGUUUCAGAACAAAAGAUCCAAGAUCAAGAAGAUAAUGAAAAACGGGGAGAUGCCCCCGGAGCACAGCCCCAGCUCCAGCGACCCCAUGGCGUGUAACUCGCCGCAGUCUCCGGCGGUGUGGGAGCCCCAGGGCUCGUCCCGCUCGCUCAGCCACCACCCUCAUGCCCACCCUCCGACCUCCAACCAGUCCCCCGCGUCCAGCUACCUGGAGAACUCGGCUUCCUGGUACCCGAGCGCGGCCAGCUCAAUCAAUUCCCACCUGCCGCCUCCUGGCUCCUUACAGCACCCGCUGGCGCUGGCCUCCGGGACACUCUAUUAGGCGGCUUGCUCUUGCUC